UACAUCACCCCCCAUGCUCUCUGACAGUCUGAGCUCCAGGACAAACCUGAGUUGACUAGUAGCGGACUUUUUUAUAACUGGACUUUUUUUUUUUACUCUCGAACGGGAUAAAACAGGACUAAGCUGUGGUCGAGUCGUUUCUCCGCUCCCUGCACUAGACAGUAGGAUCUGUGUUUCUGGGACACUGAUCUUAGGAAAGCUGAGUUUCCAUUGCACGGUAGCUGGAGUCAUCCUCCCAGUGAAAACGGACACAUUCAGUGUGAGGGCUGCGAUCCUCGACCCCACCCAUUCAUCCUCCUCUCCUCUCCCCCCUCCACCCCAACUGGCACCAACUGGAAGAGAAGAGUGUGAGAGACAGAGCAAAGGAACGUGGGAAAGAAGAAGACAAUGUACCAAACGCUGUUCCUCUCCUCCUCCCUCUUCAUCCUUCAUGUGAUGGGCACUCCCCAGUUCUUUGCUCACCACGGGAGGAGAGUGUGUGGCCAAGCACUCAGUCACAACGUUGUCAUGGCAACAGAGUCAUACGUCCAGCCGGUGCACAAGCCCUACAUCACCCUGUGUCAGGGGCAUCGCCUCUGUAGCACUUACAAGACUGUGUAUUCGGUGGCGUACAGGCAGGUGAGCAGAGUGGUGCCUCCUUCGCAUUUUUACCCAGAGUGCUGCCCGGGUUGGCGGAGAUUUCACUCUCAAAACUGCAACCAAGCUGUGUGUGGACAAGCCUGUGUGAACGGAGGUACCUGCUUAAAACCCAACCAGUGCGCUUGCCUGCUAGGCUGGACAGGACUCCAGUGUCAAACAGAUGUGGACGAGUGCAGUGAGCGGCGGCCGUGCGCCCAGGAGUGUGUGAACACAGCUGGCAGCUAUCGUUGUACGUGCAGGGACGGCUUCAGGCUCGCAGGAGACGGCCGUUCCUGUCAAAGCCUUCCUCCUCCUCCUCCUCCUCCCUCUUCCACCCAGGCUACAGUGGGUGGUCACACUGAUGCGGAUGAACGGUUCAACCUGGUGGAGAAUGUGACAGAGGAAGUGCAGAGCCUGAGAAACAGAGUAGAGCUCCUGGAAAAGAAGCUGCAGCUGGCAUUGGCUCCCUUCCACAGCUUUUUCCCUCUUUCUCUCGAUGAAGGCCUGUCAGAGAAAACCACCUUGUUGUCCCACUCCUUCCAGCAGCUAGACCGCAUCGACUCCCUGAGCGAGCAGAUCGGCUUCCUGGAGGAGCGACUCGGGACAUGUUCUUGCCAGGAGAAUUAACCGCUGAACGAGGCCCAAAUCAUUUCAGAGACAUCUCCUAUCAAGUACAUGACAGACUCUACGCUGGCGUGUGUACUUCUUAUGCUGUGACACACUCAUCGCACAAAUCUGUGAUUUUUUUUUUUCCCUCCACCAUUCCCAAAAGGUUCAUUUUCUUCUCUUGUUGAAUCACUGUCAAAAUCUUAAUUUUUUUUCUGUAACAAUACCUGAGGCAGGGUUCGUUUUGCUAUUACAUCAUCCCUAAAUCUGAAACAAACCCCCAGAGGGUCAAAGGUCAAAUAAGCCACUUUGUUUUUCUUGUGUGUUUUACAUCGGUGCAGCUGUGUCCUCUGUCUGAGCCCCAGGGCAGACGUGGACAUCUGUAUUUAUCUAUUUAAAUUAUGAUUACUUGUAGUUAUUUCUCAAUGCGCCAAUAGACAUUUUUACCUAGUUUUGUAACAUUUUGUAAUAAAAAACCUCAAUC